AUGGAAGGCAACCCCUACAACAGCUCAGGAUUGCCUCCUUUCACCUUGACAGGACUCCCAGGGCUGGAGUCUUCCCAACACUGGAUGUUUUUGCUCCUUGGUGCCCUCUACAUUGUCUCUAUUGUGGGCAAUGCCCUUAUCAUUUUCAUUAUCAAGGAGGAACAGAGUUUGCACCAGCCUAUGUACUACUUCCUGUCUCUGCUAUCAGUUAAUGACCUGGGUGUGUCUAUCUCCACACUGCCCACGGUAGUGGCCACAUUUUGCUUCCACUUACAAAAAAUCAGUUUUGAUUCUUGCAUGGCCCAGAUGUUCUUUAUCCAUCUCUUCUCCUUUAUGGAGUCUGGGAUCCUGCUGGCCAUGAGCUUUGACCGCUAUGUGGCCAUCUGUAACCCAUUGCGCUAUGCCACAGUUCUCACUGAUGCCCGUGUGCUGAGUAUGGGAAUGUCUAUUAUUGUCCGUAGUUUCUGCUUGGUUUUCCCACUGCCCUUCCUUCUGAAGAGGUUACCCUUCUGCAAGGUCAAUGUACUCUCCCAUGCCUACUGCCUGCAUCCAGAUCUGAUCCGCCUGCCCUGUGGUGACAUCACCGUCAAUAAUAUCUUUGGUCUAUUCAUUGUCAUUUCUACCUUUGGCGUAGAUUCUGCACUCAUUCUCCUCUCCUAUGUGCUCAUACUUCGCUCUGUACUUGCCAUUGCCUCCCAGAGGGAACGGUUAAAGACACUCAACACGUGUGUGUCCCACAUCUGUGCUGUGCUCAUCUUCUAUGUGCCCAUGGUUGGUGUGUCCAUGGCUGCUCGCUACGGGAGGCAUGCCCCACGGUAUGUACACACACUCAUGUCCCUUAUCUACCUUUUUGUGCCUCCAAUGCUCAACCCUGUCAUCUAUUCCAUCAAAACCAAAGAGAUUCAUCAGAGGCUUUGCAAAAUACUAUGGGGAACCAAGUGUUAA